UUCAUGUAGUUCGUGUAGCAUUAUCCAUAGUUCAGACUAUGACAGUCACAGAUGACCCAAAAUAGCAUAUGCUAAUUUGCACCCAAAAAUGGCAAUUUAGAGGUGCUCUGAGUAUACAAAGUUUCUUUCUGUAAUUUGGUCUCAGUUUCGGGCGUCGUGAUCCGUUGAUUGGCAAAACGAAGAUCAUUCGACGUUGCUCUCUGUAAUCGUUUCCUUGCCAUCAAGGAACCGGGCGGAUUUUCUGUAUAGAGCUUUUACAGGGUCAGGAGGAAAAUGAAUAUUCUAUGUACAUGGCCGGCCGUGGCUACGAAACGAAGGAUUGAUGGACAGUGACAUGCUUGGGAUUGAACGAGGAUAAGUCGAAAAAGGGCACCAGAAACGUACCAAGGGAAAAGCUUCAAACUGUGAUUUGAAGCCACGCCCACGCAAGUGAACAGACAGCAAGGGGGCGAUCAAUCGUUAAACCCUACCUAGAAUACGGAAACAAGCGAUGGAGCUUAAACCAGGCCUCUCCGCUCUCGUCACUGGCGGUGCCUCUGGAAUCGGUAAAGGUCUUUGCAUGGCUCUUGCGGAGAAGGGAAUAUUUGUUACAGUUGUUGAUUUAUCUGAAGAAAAGGGAAAGGAAAUUGCGGCCCUUGUUGAAAAAGAGAAUGCCAAGUUCCAUCCUAAGUUGGAAUUUUCAUCUGCUAUGUUUAUAAGAUGUGAUGUGACCAACACAAGAGAACUCUCUGCUGCUUUUAGCAAACAUUUGGCCACAUAUGGUGGGCUGGAUAUCUGUAUAAACAAUGCUGGUCUGGCCAGUUCUCUGCCAUUCUAUGAGGAUGAAACUGAUGGCUUUGGUUCAUGGAGACGCACUCUUAAUGUGAAUCUCAUUUCAGUGAUUGACUGCACGCGCUUUGCGAUUCAAACCAUGAAAGCUGCAAAAAAGCCUGGUGUAAUUAUAAACAUGGGUUCUGCUUCUGGUCUUUAUCCAAUGUAUGCUGAUCCUAUCUACUCUGCCUCCAAAGGAGGGGUGGUUUUAUUUACCAGGUCACUAGUUCCAUAUAAACGACAGGGAAUUCGUGUCAAUGUGCUUUGUCCAGAGUUUGUCCAGACUGAGUUGACCACAAAGAUGGAUUCUAGAGUUAUUGAUUUAAUGGGUGGCUACUUGCCCAUGGAAAUGGUGGUAAAAGGUGCUUUUGAGCUUAUAAGGGAUGAGAGUAAGGCAGGGUCUUGUUUGUGGAUUACUAAACGAAGGGGCAUGGAGUAUUGGCCAACUCCCAUCGAAGAAGCAAAAUAUUUGUUACAUUCUUCAAAAUUGAGGAAGUCCUCAUUUAUUUCUCCAUUGAAUCUUCAAUUACCACAGAAUUUUGAGAAAAUAGUUGUUCACACUCUGAGUCACAAUUUUCGUAGUGCUACCAGCAUAGUGCGUAUGCCGUUGAGAUUACCAAUCAAACCAGAUCAUGUCCUUGUGAAAAUCAUUUAUGCCGGUGUUAAUGCCAGUGAUGUUAAUUUUAGUUCGGGACGUUAUUUUAGUGGCACCAACAAAGACAUCAGUUCCCGUAUUCCAUUUGAUGCUGGUUUUGAGGCUGUUGGAAUAAUUGCUGCAGUUGGCAAUUCUGUUAAGAACUUAAAAGUUGGCACUCCUGCUGCUCUUAUGACUUUUGGAAGUUAUGCUGAAUUCACAAUGGUUCCUUCUAAACACAUUCUUCCUGUGGCAAGACCUGAUCCAGAAGUUGUUGCCAUGCUUACAUCUGGACUUACAGCGUCAAUAGCUCUAGAAAAGGCAGCACAAAUGGAUUCCGGAAAAGUAGUCCUCGUAACUGCUGCUGCAGGAGGAACUGGACAAUUUGCAGUCCAGCUUGCAAAAUUAGCUGGAAAUACAGUGGUUGCAACAUGUGGAGGGAAAGAAAAGGCUGUGCUUUUGAGAGAUUUGGGAGUUGACCGUGUCAUUGACUAUAAAGCAGAAGAUAUCAAAAUUGUUCUAAAGAAUGAGUUCCCAGAAGGUGUUGACAUUGUCUAUGAAUCUGUUGGUGGUGGAAUGUUUGAUAUGUGCUUAAAUGCACUGGCAGUCUAUGGACGACUUGUUAUCAUUGGAAUGAUUUCUCAGUAUCAAGGAGAGCAUGGAUGGAAACCACGCAAUUACACUGGACUCUGUGAUAAGAUUCUGUCUAAAAGCCAAACUGUAGCUGGUUUCUUCCUGGUGCAAUAUCCUCACCUAUGGCAACAUCAUCUAGACAGGCUUUUCAAUCUUUACUCCUUGGGGAAGCUUAAGGUUUUUGUAGACCCAAAAGCAUUCCUGGGCCUUCAUUCUGUUGCGGAUGCCGUUGAGUAUCUUCACUCUGGUAAAAGUGUAGGCAAGGUGGUGGUUUGUAUUGACCCGACUUUCAGUCAGCAAGUCGCCAAGUUAUGAGCUUGUGCUAUUAAUGCCCUCUCGUACACGAUGUUCUACCUUAGACAAAUAUUACAAGAAUGAAGAAACUGCUGGCCGUUAAUUCCCUUUCUGAUCCUUGGCCGUUAAUGCAAGUUGUUAUCAUGACCCAAAAAAGAAAAGAUAUCAAUGUUCUAAAAGGAUGAUCACUAUGGAUACCCACUAAUAAAUUGCUCAAAUAAGGUGGUGUUUACUUCUUUUCCCUACAAGGUUUCGAUAAUAAUGUUUACUUGAUACUGGGUUAUUGGGUUACCUUAUAUAUGUUUUGGUGUUCUCAUUCUAUGACUCGUAUGAUUUGGUGUUUAAAAUGUGGAUUUCAAUAAUAUAUGAAUAGAAUAAAUGCUAAGCCUUGGAGGGAUUGAAUUUUAUA